UGACCUCUACACGUUUUAAUUACAGCCACAUAUGAAUGACCUGGUCCAAUCGACUUGUUUGCACUGGCUCUUUUGAAGUGUACCAACGGCAAGAUGCAGAGCAAGAAUCUGAGGAGAAGAGUACUGAAAAUGCAGUUAAUCGAAGGCAGCUAAAGGACAAUGUGGAUGGGUACAGCACCACCUUCCACAGAGUGCAGAAGGAUGUUAAAACUCAAGAGAAAGCUAUCAGCAGAGCAGAUCAACAGAGUGAGCAAAAAUCAGCUGGUGAUGGCAAAUCACUAACUACCUCACUCAGCCAGAGGACAGAAGAAAAGAGUGGCCGUGUAAGAAUGACAAAAAAGGUUCUGAGAGACAUCUGUAAAGAGCAGAAAUUAUACUGGACCCCCUGCUUAAAUGACACACUUUACUUGCAUUAUAAAGGAUUUGACCGCCUGGAGAACCUCGAGGAGUACACUGGCCUGAAGUGCUUGUGGCUGCAGUGCAAUGGCCUCACCAGAAUCGAGAAUCUGGAGGCACUGACCGAGUUGCGUUGCCUCUACUUGCAACUCAAUUUAAUUACCAAGAUUGAAAACCUGGAACCCUUGCAGAAACUGGUUUCCCUCAACAUCAGUAACAACUGCAUUAAGACCAUUGAGAACCUCUCUUGUCUGAAAGUCCUGGAGACUCUGCAGAUUGCCCACAACAACUUGCAAACAGUGCAAGACAUACAACACCUGCAAGAAUGCCCAAGCAUUUCUGUUCUUGACCUGUCCCACAACCAUCUCAGUGACCCCAGCAUCAUAACUAUCCUGGAGACCAUGCCUAAUUUGCAUGUGUUGGAUCUGAUGGGAAACCAAGUGAUAAAGAAAAUUGCUAACUAUAGGAAAACCCUUACUGUCCGACUGAAGCUGCUCACAUUCCUGGAUGACAGGCCAGUCUUCCCAAAGGAUAGAGCCUGUGCAGAAGCCUGGGCUGUUGGAGGGCUCGAAGCUGAGAAAGCAGAAAGGGAAAAAUGGGAAACCAGAGACAGAAAAAAAAUCCAAGACAGCUUCAAUGCUUUAGAAGCCAUCAGGCAAAAAGCAGAGGCAAAGAAAAACCAAAAGUACAUGGAAGAAAGAGAUGCAAGCACAAAAGGUGGAAAUGGAGCUGCAACAGACAUCCUAGAAGGAGCACCUGCAAACUCAGGUGACACUGAUGGAAAUCCAGCAGAGACUUCAAAUAUAUCAGAAGAGAAAGAAACUCCAGAGAAGACUGAGACAUUCAGAAGUUCUGGUGCUCUUGAUGAAGUGCUAACACAUCUAUCAAAUAAAGGAGACAACACAGACUUUCCAGCUGGAAAUGUUCCUGCUAGAAUUCAAGAGGGUGCACGAGAAUCAAACUCUUACAAAUGCUCAAACUUCAACAAGAUGACAGAUGAUCUCCCAAGAGAGAAGGCAGCUACUGAGCUGGAGGAAUAUGCUGAAAUUGAACAGAUCCAACCAGAGACACCAGGGAAACUCUAUCUUGAUGAACUGCCUGAUUUGGAAGAUAUAGAUAUAAAUGAAUUGCCCCCAGAAGAAAUCUUUGUUCAAGAGCAGGAACAUCGCCCAAAGAUUGAAGUACUUUCUGAAAUGACCAAUGACAGCCAUUCUGCAUUAGGGGAAAUCAACAAAAGCCUGUGUGAGAACUCAACAGGAGAAGCUCCAACAGCAAUUUUUUCAAGUGUGUGGAAGAUCCACAAAGAGAAGGACAGGAAGAACUUAAGACCCCUUGUUGAAAGCUUGCUUGCAGAGCCUGCUGCUUCAGAAAGAUACCUGGAGGAAAGCAAAGACAGACAAGCAACCCCCUCAAAGCCUUUGAUACAGGAGGUUAUCACUGAGCCCAAGGAUCAGCUGCUCUUGUCACCAGUUUGCAAUGAGUCAGAUGACACAAACCCGAGGGGAGAGGAGAGUGAGACUAGAGUGACAUAAUUAAUCCCAGAGGAGAAAUGUGGGUGGCACAUACACACCAAGAGUAAGGCUGUUUUCAUCUCCUGUUGAAUGAACGUUCAAUCCACUGUUAGAUUAAGAACCACCUCCUCUUAUUGCUGUGUGAACUCUAAUAAAUUGGGAAUUUAAAUGUU